AAUGGCCGACGCUCGAUAGCGGGCAGGGUGGACUCGCAGCGGAUUUUUGUGAUUACUGAAUGAUAUUACUUCUACCGAGUGCAUAAUGUGGUGCAAAGAGCUCUUGAAUGGUGGCUGUGUGAGGUGGAUCCGUCCUCUGAAAGCUUAGGGAUCGAAUAUGAGGGUGAAAAUAGCUCAGAGGUUAUAGCAUGAUCGUGGGAGAGUCGAUGGUGAGUCGAUUAACGAAAGGCUUUUUUCGGGAGAGUUAAAAAAAAUUACGAUUCGACACCCUCAUUUAGCCAUCCAACAUGUGGAAUAUGAUGUGUGACGUGAUGCCCACCAUCGCUGAGGACAGCAUCUCUCAGCGGGGCUCGCAAUUCAGCGGCGACGACGCCAACUUCGAGCAGCUGAUGGUGUCGAUGCUGGACGAGCGAGACAAGCUGCUCGACACCAUCAGAGAGACGCAGGAGAGACUCAGCGAGAUCGAGACCAAGUACCAGGAGCUCGAGAAGGAGAGGGACAGCCUGCAGAGACAGCUCGACGCCAAUCUCCCGCAGGGCUGUUGUUGGAGCACCUAGAAUGCCUGGUGUCGCGGCACGAGCGGUCGCUGCGCAUGACGGUGGUGAAGCGGCAGGCGGCGUCGCAGUCGGGGGUGUCGUCGGAGGUGGAGGUGCUCAAGGCGCUCAAGUCCCUGUUCGAGCACCACAAGGCCCUCGACGAGAAGGUUCGCGAGAGACUGCGUGUAUCCCUCGAGCGAGUAGCUUCUCUGGAGGAGGACCUCAACCACACCAAAGAUGAGCUGAACCAGUACAAGUUAGGCAAGCUGCCUGGAGACGGUGCAGAAAGUGUGCGCGUGAAUGGCGAGGCAGAGACCAAGGAUGGAGGGAGUGGUGUCAGUGGCGUUGAUGGCAGUGGUGGCAGUGGCACCACAUCCCUCAACAGUGACACUAGUGGGUCACCCUCCACAACGGGGACAGGGGAAGGAGAUGGAGCAUCACAAACCAAAGUCGUGGAGCUUCAGACUUCCCUCGACAAGCAGACAGCAGAGUUGAAUGCUGCCAGAGAGAGGGUGCGGGAGCUCCAGAACCGCCUUCAGGAGCUGGAGGAGAACCUGACAAUAACUCAGAAGGAACUCGUGAAGGCGCAAGAGAUUAAUGCACGACUACAAAGAGAUCUCAAGGAAAAUGUUGCACAGAAGGAGGACCAGGAAGAACGUAUUGCCACGUUAGAGAAACGAUACCUUAAUGCUCAAAGAGAGUCCACGUCUUUACAUGACCUUAAUGAGAAGCUAGAAGAAGAACUAAAGAACAAAGAGGCCCAGUAUAAACUUCAAGAAGACAAGAUCAGAGCCUUGCAAGAGAAGGUGGAACUGAGUGAACAGAAACUGGCACAGUAUGCCAAGUUGCCAGACGUUGAACAAGAAUUGAAGCAACGCAUGGAGGCUCUUCACCAGGUACAGGAGAAGCACGGAAGUGCUGAGGACCGCAUUCAGCGCCUGGAGAACCAGCUUGAUGAGAAAGGUGGAGAGCUACACCGUUUGAACCAGCGCCUCAAGAUGAAUGAGGAGCACAAUGCAAGAUUGUCUGCCACAGUUGACAAGCUGCUGCAGGAAUCAAAUGAAAGGCUGCAAGUCCACUUAAAAGAGAGGAUGCAUGCCCUGGAGGAGAAGAAUGCACUCACAGCUGAACUAGAGAGAACAAGAAAGAUCCUGGAGGACUCUGCUCAAGAAAAGAAUGAAAUAUUGAAAGAAUUAGCAAGACGGCAACUUGAAGCAGAACAACUGAAGCAACAAAUAUUGCAGCAAGAGAUAGCCUUCAAUAUUAAACAAACUGAAGCAUUAACAAGGU